ACCAGCCAUGUAGUGCACAUCUCUGUCGACAGGAUAGAGCUCACUUGGCCGGCAAAUACAGAGAACCCGUGCCAUCAACCUUUCCCCCUGUGUAAACAUCGUCAUCCAAACAAGAUACAUAGGUCACACCGUCCAUAAACCACUGGCUUCAGUAACAAGAAGGUAAACAGCAAGAUUGUUAGCAUCACUGCAAAUGGGAAAGCUUUGGACGAUCCUGUCUCACCUUUACUCCUUAUCAGGGUAUGUGAUGUGUAUCAAUUCAUACGGAUGACCGGUUUGGUCUUUUUAUUAAUUUUUUGUUUCUGCGGUUCAAUUCAUAAUUUUGUUUCUGUUCUCGUGUAUCAACGUUACUACAGGCCUAUUGUCACUCUACUUUACCCCUCAUAUGCGUCGGUGCAGGCGAUGGAGAGCUCGUCAAAGCUCCAAGACGAGCAGUGGCUGGCCUACUGGAUCCUUUACUCACUCAUCACCCUCAUGGAGAUGGUGCUGCACUCCCUCAUCUGCUGGAUUCCAAUUUGGUAUGAGCUGAAGCUGCUGUUUAUAGUCUGGUUGGUGCUCCCAAACUUCAGGGGAGCAGCAUUCAUCUAUAACAAGUUUGUGAGAGAGCAGGUGAAGAAGUAUGCCAUACUAGCUGCUAGUGAUCCUGGUAGCGUUAGCAACAAUGACUGUGCUUACGAGGACAAGGUCAUUUCUGCUUCUCCAAAAGAGAAAAAAAAACUAAGAGGAGACUACUUUCCAUGGUCAUUCCCAAGAAGUGGGGAGAGAACGGCUCUUCGAAGUUAAUUUGGAUACGUUGACGGGUGUACAAAUGUGAAGCACCACACCACAGAGUACAUGAUGCAUUGUCAACCGCUUGUUUCAUCCAUAGUCACCGGGAACGUGGAACGCCCCUAUGUUGGGAGCACUGUUCCAAGGACGGAAAUGGGGAAUAUUUUCGUUUCUAUAGUGUAAAAGUCCACACAAAUACCGUUCCUCCUUUCUCGAUCCGUCAUUCCAAUAACUUCAGUGACUAUGGUUUCAUCAUCUGCUUCUAUAUAUUCAGAAACUUUUGGAUUUUUUUCUCA